CAUAUAGAACCCACUCACGGGACACAGCGGCUGCUUAAAUGGCUAGCUGCGAAAACAAACGAACAAAGCGGAGACUCAGACCUUAAAAAGUCGCUAUAACUGUUGGACAAUGAAGAACAAAGUGUGAGCGGGUGUUUAAAGGGAAAUAAUAAUGAUGAGAACGCGGGGUGGAGCGUUUUUAAAGGCGGCUUGUGCAGCUCAGCCGAAGCUGCUGAAGGGCAUUCCAAGCAGACAGAUCCACAGCACAUAUGAUGUGGCCGUAGUGGGAGCUGGCAUUGUGGGCCUGGCCUCAGCCAGAGAGCUUAUCCUGAGACACCCGGCGCUGACCUUUGUCCUGCUGGAGAAAGAGAAAGAACUUGCUGUACACCAGAGUGGGCACAAUAGUGGAGUCAUCCACAGUGGGAUCUACUACACGCCAGGCUCCCUGAAGGCUCGCCUGUGUGUACGAGGAGCAACUUUAGCGUAUGAGUACUGUGAGAAGAAAGGGAUCCCUUAUAAAAGAUGUGGAAAGCUUAUCGUCGCUGUGGAGCAGGAAGAGAUUCCCAGACUGAAAGCUCUGUAUGAACGCGGCUUAAAGAACAACGUGCGCGACCUCAGCGUCGUCGAUGCCAAGGGCAUCCGAGAGCGAGAGCCUUACUGCAGGGGGAUAAUGGCCUUGGAUUCGCCCUACACUGGGAUUGUGGACUGGCGGAUGGUGGCUCUCAGGUAUGGGAAAGACUUUGAGGAGGCAGGCGGCGCAGUCGUUACUGAGUUUGAGGUCAGAGAUAUUUCCGUGGUUCAGGAGAGUCCAGCUGGGAGCCAAGAGGGAAUGAAAUAUCCUAUUUCUAUAAGAGAUAAAAAUAAUAAUGAAGUGCAGUGUCGUUAUGUCCUGACCUGUGGCGGCCUGUACUCGGACCGUCUGUCGCAGAUAUCUGGAUGCAGUCCGGAACCGAGGAUCGUCCCCUUCAGAGGGGAUUAUUUGGUCUUAAAACCAGAGAAACACUACCUGGUCAAAGGAAACAUUUACCCUGUUCCUGACCCCCGCUUCCCCUUCCUUGGUGUUCAUUUCACUCCAAGGAUGGAUGGAAGUGUUUGGCUUGGCCCCAAUGCCGUCCUGGCGUUUAAGAGAGAGGGCUAUAACCUGUUUGACUUCAACGCACAAGACUUUGCAGAUGCUCUCUCUUUUAGAGGCCUUCAGAAGCUUAUAAUUAAGAAUGCAACCUAUGGAAUCGGGGAAAUGUACCGGGGAGUAUUCCUUGGUGCACAGAUCAAAAUUCUGCAAAAGUAUAUCCCUGAACUCUCUCUUACUGAUGUGCUCAGAGGUCCAACUGGAGUCCGAGCUCAAGCCUUGGACCGGGACGGGAACCUUGUUGAUGACUUUGUCUUUGACGGCGGGGUUGGAGAUUUGGGCAGUCGGAUCCUCCACGUGCGCAACGCUCCCUCCCCAGCUGCUACCUCUUCUUUAGCCAUCGCUGAAAUGAUUGCAGAUGAGGUGGAGAGUCGCUUUAAACUGUAGAUGGAGAUCGGUGCGACGAAACUGUCAGAUUCAAACUGCAUCCGUCCCAUAGCCUUCGGAGGCAUGUCAGGCCUUAAUUCUAACUUAUAUUUUGAAAGACUUUUCUCAAUGAAGUGCUAAAAUAGGCUUCAAAACAUGUUUACUUUUUUACAAAAACCAAACAUAAACAACUUUGUCAUCUAAAAAAAAUCCUUUGAAAAAAAUACUAUCUUCAAUUAUGAGAAUAUUGAAUUAUAUUCAAACUUCAAAUUAAUUCUUUAGAGCAUUAUCUUUCACAUAAUGAAAAUGUGGGCAUGCCCUUUUAAAUACGGUGUUUCUACUAUUUGAAUUUUGGUGCUGAUAUCCUUUUUUUUUUUUUUUAGCUAGUAUUGACUUGGUGUACCUUUGAGUAAUUUGGUGUUUUGGGCAGCACAUUUGUUUGCACAUUUAUGCACAGUUUAUGGGAGAAAGUAUUUUUCUUCCUGGAUAUCAUUUUGUAGGAACUUCUAUACAAUACCAAACCGAUACAGAACUUUUUAAUGUUGUGAUUUUAUCUCGUUUAAGACUGUGAUCCCUUUUAAAUUUGCCUUUAAGUUGCCUCGGUGAGUUCACCCACUGCUGUAACUAUUCAUGUUAAUAAAUCUGUCAGUGUUAUUUUAUUAUAAACAAAUAAAGUAUUUUUACAAAAAUAUAUAUUUUUUAAUUGGAAUGUGCAUAAAAUGUGGGGUUUGUUCUACUGUCAACUUUCUAAAGUGUUAAACCCUGGACAUGGUUAUAAAGAGUAAUCUAAUAAAGGCGCUGGAGAAAAAUGUAAAGGCAAAAAGUUUUUAUAUGCUACAGAAGAAGAUUGUGUAAAGCUUCCUUGGUGUGAUUUUGAUUAGGUGAUGGACGUCUCAAAAAGCACAGGAAUUUAGCUUAAAGCUAGCGUCGCUUAGCAGAAGAAACAGAUUUUAAAGUAGACUGAAGCAAACCGUUGAACCUUUUUUUAUUUCAGCCAAUGUUUAACACCAAACAACCCCAAACUAUGAUGGAGGCUGGCUUGGAUGGUGAAGCAGGAGCAAACUAUGAUAAGAAUGUAUGUCUUUAAAACUGUUAAUGGUAUAAUUUUUUUUUUUUUUGUUCGUAAUUUUUGUCUGAUUUAUGUAAAAGGAAAAAAAAGCCCAUUCUAAAAUGAAUA